UUCACUAAAUAAAAUUUUUCCAUAUAUGUAUGUAUGUAUAUGUAUACAUUUAACAUAAUAAAAACAUAUUAUAUAAAUAUAUGUUAUGACCAGAUACAUUUUAUUAUCUAUAUAUAUAUUGUUAGUUAAUUGAUAGUGUAUAUGGCUAUGGAGAAGCUUGUUUCAAGUUGGUCUAAUGAGAAAAUUACAUUGCCGGAAUCAUACAUAAUCCCGCCGGAAACAAGGCCCGGCGACCAAUCUUUUCCGGUAACAAACUCGAUUCCGGUGAUUGAUCUUCAUGAAAAUAUUAAUCAACAUGAUACCAUUAUUCACAACAUCAUCAAAGCUUCUCAAGACUAUGGAAUUUUUCAGGUGAUUAAUCAUGGUGUUUGUGAAGAGUUAAUGGAUGAGACAAUGAAAGUUAUGAAAGAGUUACAUGAGAUGUCACCUAUUGACAAAGCAAGAGAAUGUUGUAAGGACCCUUUGAAGAGAUGUAGACUUUACACAAGUAGUAACAAUUUCUCAAAUGAAAAAAUUCACUAUUGGAGAGAUGCCUUUCUUCAUCCUUGUCACCCUCUUGAGGAACACAUACAAUUUUGGCCACAAAAUCCAAUCCAAUAUAGGGAAAUUGUUGGGAAAUUUUCAGUUGAAGUGAGGAAGUUAGGUUUGAAGAUAUUGGAGGUGUUAAGUGAAGGGUUGGGAUUGAAGAGUGGAUAUUUUAGUGGUGAGCUUAUUGAGAGUCCAAUAUUAUUGAGCAAUCAUUACCCAGCUUGCCCAGAUCCAAGUUUGACAUUGGGCUUACCUAAGCAUUGUGACCCAAGUCUUAUCACUAUUCUUCUUCAAGGAAAUGUUCUAGGUCUUCAAGUUCCUAAUCAUCAUGGAAAUUGGGUUUAUGUUGAGCCUAUUUCUCAUGCAUUUGUCAUCAAUAUUGGCUAUAUUUUACAGGUGAUUAGCAAUGGAAAGCUAAAAGGAGCAGAGCAUAGAGUGAUAAAUUCAAGGGUUGAUAGAACGACAAUAUCAUUGUUUAUUAAUCCUUCAAACGACACUAUUAUUAAGCCAGAAACGACAUUAAUCCAUGGUUCCAAUCCUCCACUCCCUCUCUAUAAACCCUUUUGCUAUGAAGAUUUUCGUACCCACCAUGUAUCAAAUACUGCUGAUCAUCAUGCUAAUAAAUUAGCACAAUUUAUGGAUAAACUCAAAUAAGAGACUCAAACAAGACCCAAUCUUUACUAUUCAUUAUACAGAUUAGAGAAAGAAGAAACAAUAUUGAUAUUUUAAUAUAAUUGAUGAACUUUAUUUGGGUUUUUUUGGAUAUUAUUAGUCAUAUAACAAAUUUCAACAUUUGAUAACUUACUAGUCUUUACAUUAUGAUGUAUAUGUACAACUACAAAGAGCAUAAUUUAUGAUUCAAACACCAUGAAUUG